UUCGAGGUUUAAACUUUUGAGUCAUAUUUUUAUUUCUACAGUUAAGUGCUUGCCUCUCGUAAUAUUUUCACAACCUCAACUUGUAAAAUCUACAUCUCUAACUUCAUUUCAUCAACUCCAUCAACAACACCGCGUCUACCAACAGCCAUGGCAUCGAAAGACGGCUCCAAAGAGUCGGAUGCCAAGGAGUCUAAUGAAGACAAGAAAGACACUGGAAAUGCCCCUGGCAAGAAGCCUUGGUGGGACAUGUCUGCCGAGAAAGAUGAACUCCUGAAGAUCUGUGCAGAGUCCCAAUGUUACGGAAUCGACGUCAACGUAAGCUCGAUAGCGAUCUCUCAACACAUGCGAAACCAGAUUUUUAUGAGCAAAAAGCUCGAUUUCCAUGAAGCACGCAUCAAGGCUACUCGCGACAGGACGCUUGAGCUCUGUGGGCGCAAAUUGAAGGAUCUUGAGAAGUCAAUCGACAAACUCCGAGCUCUUCGCUUGAAAGUCGAACGCGUCGCGUCUACGAACGAGAAGGCGCGCCAGAAGGCCGCGGAUGGAGCCAAAAGCCAACCGUCAUACCCGAGUAUGAGCGUGGGUCCAGAUGACCUCACCAGAUUAGGACUCCACGAUCUCAGGGAUCUUCUCAGAGAUUUAGCGGUCGACCGUGCUUUAGAAGACAACGAGGUUCGCUGGAGAUGUCAGACCAAUCUCCUGAGACGUCUCCCUCUUCCCAAGGAAAAACCCGAGGCAAGACCUAUGGGUUCUUCUGCGCUCGCACCGGUGCGUAAGUGGAUGAACCCCAAGCAGCAACGACGACAGCUGCGCAAGAGAUACAUAGCAGUGAACAGAAACUACAAACCCAGACCGGCCUUCAUCGAACGUACAAGCCCCCGCAUCCAGUUGAAGAAGAAGAUGCUCAACAUGCUCAAGAGCACCCGCCAGCACCGUCGACUACGAUUGAAAGCGAUGGUCGUGGGCCAGAGGUUCGUCGAUCGGGUGAGAAAGGAGGAACACGCCUUCUUCUUCAGUACACUUUACGAGGAUGAGUCUCGCAUUCUGGUGAAGUUCCUCUGCAAACGUCACUUUGGCGAAGUGCCCGAGCACCUGCAGGAUGACUUCGACAUCGCGCUGAAGAAAUUUAGCAGCUACAAGAUCAACUCGAAGUGGCCCUGGGAGGACUAAUUGAGCUAUUCCUACGACGAGGACUAUGUCAUUCAAAGACCGUUUGCGAUAUGGAAUGCGGUUAAUAGGUACCUAGCUUAGCACGCCUAUCUGCUUUUCCCUUCAGGGAGGCUCUGAAAAAGCCACAUGAGUAGCUGCCCUCCUCGUCAAUAACAACUGCAUUACCAAUGGCUACUCCUACUACUAGUAUGCUGAAUGAUGUGAAGGCCAUUUAAUAAGAACUAGAUAAUUCGGUCUAGGCACUAUAUAGAUAAACGUAAUGAUUGAGUAGCUAAGUUCUCUUGAGACACAUAGGGGUUCACCAAGUAGACAGAU